AUGCCGAAUUAUGAUGAAAUAGAACAAGCAGUAGAUAUGACUGAUUCCCUUAGAACAAUAGAUGACGUUGAAGACGUAUCAAUGGAAGUUCAGGUCUUAAAACUAUUGAAAGAUUUGAAAAAAGAAAUCAGUUAUGGUUCUUUUCCAUACUGGCGUUUUUCUCUUGGUCCUAUUUCGUUAUACAUUGGAUACAAUACUAGUAAAGGAAUUAUUUAUAUCUCCAUGGCAAACAUGUCUAUUAAAAGUUCAACAAUGGAAGAUAAAUUCCAAGAAACUCAAUUCAAAAAUAAAAAUAAUCAAGAUUAUAGUGAUGAAGAAAGUGACGAAGAUAACCCAAAAUCAGAAUUACAAUUAACAAUCGAGAAGCAGUUGUCGCAGAAAUUGUGGCAACUUUGUAACUGGAACGUCACUGGCUUUAAUUUUGAUUUUGGAGGACAGAGAACAAUUAGAGCACCAGACGUUGUUUUCAAACAAUUUGCGAUUUGGAUGUGCUACAGAAUUGGACCUUUCAAGGGCAAUUAUUCACCCAUUAAGGUUACAAAUGUUAUGUUCAAAAGUGAAUCAGAAUUUAAAGCGAUUGAUGACAAAUUUAAAAAAGAAUUAAAGAAUUCUUAG